UCCGGGGCAGGCGGCGGCGGGGCGAUGCUGUUGCUGAGGCGGGCGGCGGUCCCGCUGCUCCGGGCGGGUCUCGGUUCUCCAGGCAGAGCCCGUCUGAGCCGCGCCGAGCCGCGGGCCCGGGAUGGACGCGGCGGGGAGGAGGAGGAAGAGGAGGAAGGGUGCUACCAGCUGUACCCCGGGCACAUCCCCACCAGCCCGCUGCAGAAAGCGCUGCUGGCCGCCGGCUCGGCCUUCAUGGCUCUCUAUGACCCCUACAGACACGACAUGGUAGCGGUCCUUGGGGAGACCACGGGCUGUCUUGCCCUGCCCAACCUGCGAGACAAGAUGAAACACCACCCUGAAGGUUACCGCAUCCUCCAGGAACGGCCUUGCAUCCGUCUGUCCACCCUGGACAUGGCCAGGCUGCGGGGACUGCCAGACGGCUCGCUGGGCCGAGAGUAUGUCCGAUUCUUGGAGGACAACAAAGUCUCUCCAGACACCCGGAUGCCGCCCAGGUUUGUUGAUGAUGAAGAGCUGGCGUACGUGAUCCAGCGGUACCGGGAAGUCCACGACCUGAUGCACACCCUCCUGGGCAUGCCGACCAACAUGCUAGGCGAGGUGGUGGUGAAGUGGUUCGAAGCCAUCCAGACGGGGCUGCCCAUGUGUGUCCUGGGAGCAGCGUUCGGCCCCGUCCGGCUCAGCGCACGAAAGCUGCAGGUCCUGGCCACUGAGCUGGUUCCCUGGGCGAUUCGGAGUGGGCGCAACGCCAGCUGUAUCCUGAACGUCUACUACGAGCAGCGCUGGGAGCAGCCGGUGGAGUCCCUGCGGGAGGAGAUGGGCAUCUUCCCUCCCCCGGCCGUUCGGGUGUGAGAGCUCAAGAACAGGGAGGGGACAGGGGAUCCCUGUUGGCAGACAGCAGCCAUCUCCUGCCGCUCUCCAUCUCCUCCUACCCGAGAGCGCAGCGUGGCUCUGCUACCAGCCGCCACGGACCUGAGGGCUGAGUUUUCUCCUGCCAAGAGCUGACACCCUCCUGUUGGUAGAGGACAAGUGGCACCUCCCUGUGCCUUGACAAAACUUGACCUUUUUUGCUGUUUAUGAUUCAAUGGAGGGAUGGCAAGGCCUCCUGUGCCUUUGCCAGCUGGGUCUGGCUGCUCGGGUCUCCCCCAGCAGCAGCGCACCGGUACUGAUGCUCUGAAAUGCUGGGAUGGGGAGAGAGCAGAGCUGGUUUAUAAUACACUGCAGCAAACUGUCACCUUGGCCCUCUGCAGCUGUAGAUCUGUACAGGUAAAUCCCUCCUCUCACCCUCCCUGGAAAGAUUGAGGCUAAAAGUCUCAGGGCCACCCUGAACUGAGGCUAAACCAGUGAUUUACAGAGCAGCCCAGGGGCAGGUUUGGUGUGUGCAACAGUGAAAUCCCAACUUGUACUGUUGUACUGGUGCCUAUCUGGUGUCCUGAUGGGUCAUACGGGGACGUGCCUCAGGCCUUGGAGACCAGGCGGUACACAAUUGUGUGCCCAUGGAAGCAGGCAGGGAAAUACCUUUCGAUAUUAUCCCUGCUGGUUCGGCUGUUCGAGAGCUGAGCCCAGUCUGCCAUAUCUCCCUGUGGUCCCUCCCCAUCAAAAAUGCUGAAAUCUAUGUGAUUGCCCUGGGUUUUCAAUAGGAAUUGUCCCCUCCUUGGGGCAACAAAAUGAUGCGAUCGGGGAUAAGGGCCUGAAUCUCGAGAGUGAUGGCUGCUUGCACUGUGUCUGGGAGCUGAUUGCUGUCUGGCUUAAUUAAACAGGGCUCCAGACUGCCAGCAGCUGGAGAGCAGAGCUGUCAGAUGCGAGGGCAGAGAGCCACGAGGCCGAGGGCUCCUUGUACGUGUGGGUUUGCUGGUGAAAUUCCUUCCUGCUUAGUAAAAUCCACAGUGGAGCUUGGA